GGAUUUGCAGCGUUUGGUAUGUCAGAAAUUGUGUGAAUAUAGCAGAGUUACACACCAGUUUACGAUAUUAUUUUAGGUUUUAUAUCAGCAUUUAGUACAGGAUCUGUACCCUUAUUACGAGUUUCACGCUUUGCAUCCUCAGAAAUUAAAUGACCGUAGAUUACAAAAUGUGGAGCGGGUCCGUAAUCUUCGUUUUACGAGCCGCAGAGGCUCAUCCACAAUUAUUUGGCUUUAUUGUAAGAGAGCUCAUUCUGUGCUUUGUAUUCUCCGCCGCCUGUUCUGUCAAGUAUGAAAGUCAUCUCGGGACAAGUACAACUGCUACUGCAUUUACUGCAGUUCAGACUACUAAUCCCACAGAAGAAGCUCUUCGCCAGUUGGAUAAAGCCAUGACAUUGGCUGGGGGAAGAAACAGAGCACUGGUGCUAAAAGGCAUCUCCUUGCCGUCACCUUUUCUUCCUCUUGACAUUGGGCAAGCGGACGUGGUGAUCAGAGCGUCCGAAGGAGAGUGCGUGAUCCUCCAGUGCACUAGAGAAAAUGGGCUUGUUUUAUCCGAUCCAGUCAUCAGGUUUAACGGAAAGCUCCUGAAAUUUAUAGCUAAUGGACUGUUAAACUGGCGAGAGAAAAGUUACUACAGCUGCAGGUCCUCGUCGUUUGACCGAAAAACGGAAACUGAAAGCAUCCAGAUCGUUAAAACCGAUGGUCGUAGUGAAACUGGUUCCUUCCAGAUAAAAAUGACGAAUUUCACGCAUGCUCACGCGGGUGUUUAUGAAUGCCUUCACGAGAAUGGCAGCGAGUUCGUUGCAUUUAAACGGUUUGUGCUCAGCCCACAACUGUUUCAUAACAGAGUGUUUUAUCCGCCAAUGGGCAACGUCACGGCAGUUGUGGGUGGGCAGGCGGAACUUCGCUGCACCGUGGCUUUUGAUGCGAUGCCUGGAACACUAGACGAUUUUGACGGGCGGAUCAUUUGGAGGAAGGAGCAUUAUCUAAUAUUUGCUCUCGGCAUACCGUCCUUUCGGAAGGCCGUGAACAGGAGAGCCCUUGUCAAAACUGGGUUUGAUGACGGUUGCUACACCUCCUUGAUAUUCGAUGAAGUGCAACUAGAUGACGCUGGACAGUAUCAAUGCUUUUUUAAAACAGAUGAUGUGUUUGACGAGUGGUUUGUACAAGCUGCAUAUCUGCAUGUGAACACGACUUGA